AUGGCUCGAUUAGGUUCCUCGUCACCGGCGCGCAGUGCAAAGCGGAUCGAUCUCAGCUCAGCAGGGACCUCACGACUUGACACCCAAGGUCUGGUUCAGUCCCUGGACUGGGAAGAACCGUGCUUGCUCCUUGCCGCCACAAUCAUGCAGAACGGGGGCGAGAUGAGGCCUGUGCACAACAGCGUCGAUACAGUGAACGCUGCUGCUGUUGCCAUCGUCACCGCCGAGAGCCGCACGCAGCCUCCUGCAGAACCGAGAAGGAAAUGGGCUGAUCGGUUGAGCGUGUACUUCUGCUUUGGAUCCCAGAAGAAUGGCCGGCGCAUGCGCGUCAACCAUGCUGCACUUGUCCCAGAACCUGCACCUCAAAGGACAGAUGCACCUGUAGCAGAAAUUCCAAACCACCCACCGCCUCCUGUGUUCCCCUUUGUGGCACCUCCAUCCUCUCCUGCUUCUUUCCUUCAAUCAGAACCCACAUCAAUCGUACAAUCACCAAGGGUUGGAGCUCCACCUUUUUCGCCCCUCUCACCGAAUUCCCAAUCCCCUGUGGGGACACCAUCCAUCUUUGCUAUUGGGCCAUAUGCACAUGAGACACAACUAGUCUCACCUCCAGUGUUCUCGGCCUUCACAACUGAACCAUCAACUGCCCCUUUCACUCCUCCUCCGGAGUCUGUUCAUCUGACGACCCCUUCCUCUCCGGAGGUUCCAUAUGCAAAGCUUCUGACUUCGAUCAACAACAGCAAGAAUGGUGAAACUGGUGAUCUUCAGUCGUAUCCAAACUACCCAGACAGCCCAAUUGGGCGCCUGAUAUCUCCAAGCUCGGGUUGUUCUGGCACUUCCUCCCCAUUCCCUGACCCUGAGAUGCUGGCUUCCUCACGCAGCGCUAUACACUCAUUCCCAGUUCGUGAGCCACCUAAGAUAUUGGAUGGUGAGGGCAUUGCAACACAGAAGUUGAUACCCCGCCAUAUGCGCAACGGUGGGUCCCUCUUGGAUGGCCACAUCACAGCAGCUGUACCAGUUGUUGACUUCUCUGCCCGACUUCAACCCAAUGAGCAUGCUAUGGAUCAUCGGGUGUCAUUUGAGCUGACCGUCGAAGAUGUUGCGCGCUGCCUAGAGAAGAAGACUGCAAUUUCUGGGGAUUCUGGCACGGCAUCUUUCCACCUUGCGCCCACCAGCAACGGUGAUCACCACAGAGAAUCAAACGAGGCAAGGGCAGGGCUAUACGUCGACGAAACAUACCAUGACUUACCUGAGAAAGCAAGGCGGUCCCUGUCCCUGCGCCUGGCCAAAGAAUUCAACUUCAACAACGUCGAUGCUGCUAAUGUGGAGCCAAGCGUGGGAUCUGACUGGUGGGCGAAUGAGAAAGUUGCUGGGAUGACAUCUGAGCCAAAAAAAAACUGGUCCUUCCACCCGGUGGCGCAGCCUGGGGUCAGCUAA